CCUUUUUAAGCCAAAAGGCACUCCGAAGUUUCAAGGAACAAAAACUACUUCCUUCCCAAAUCUCUCAAUCACUCUGCGCGAUCGCCAUUACCACUCACCACCAACCUCCCUUUACCAGCAGACCCACCUCGGGCAUGGGCAUUCACAAAAAUGGAAAAUGAAUCCGUGGACUACUUCAUCUGAGAUCAUUAUCGGUAAUAUAUGUAGUUUACUUUCCUUCCUAUAAUAAUUCCUCUCAUUUCGUCCAAAUCUGGAUCUGGGCACUCGAUUUUCGUGGCUUUUUUUAUGUUAUUGUUUUAAAAUUUUCGUCAUUUUCAAUAAUGAAACAAACCCUUGAGUGUCUGCGCCUGUCGUUGUGAUUCACUCUUUAGCAGCCGAAAAAGCAAAUAUAUAUAUAUAGAUAUAUAUAUAUAUAUUCUGGGGGUGGGAGGGGUUUGAAUGAUGUGCUGUUGGGGCGAUAGAUCUUUGAAGGCAUAGGCUUGUUGAAGAAAAUGGGAUCGAGUAGUAGCAAGUCUGGAGGGGAUGCUUCCGCAUCGUCUUCUUCUUCGGGGGUUCAGAGGACUCGAUCCAAAGGAAGCAGAGUUUUCCAAUAUUCUUGUCUCGGAUCUCCUGCCAUUGACAAUGAUAACGACCGCCAGAGCAAAGAAUAUGGUGGUAAUGGUCCAUGUACAAAUGAAACUGACACAGAAUCCAACCAAGUGAAAACUGAGGGUUAUAGAAAGGUUAAAGUUGAAGAGUCUGAUGAAAUGGUUUCUACAGAUGUCGAGCUUGACGAAUGGGGUCAAGCAAGUCUUGCUAAUGCUGUAUCUAGAGCUGAUAGUGGUUCUUCCCGAGCUUCAUCAACUCAAUCCUUAAAUCCGCCAAACGGAUUCCUUUCUCGUUGUGGUUUCUUUUCUGGGAAUGUGAGCUUCAGAUUAAGCAGGACAACAAGUAUUGGGUCAACGAGGCAACCUGUGUCAUCAACAAGUUUCUCAAUUUCGAACAAUGAGGAAGAACAUCUACACACUGGUGCUGUUAGUGGCUUGGUUAGUAGGAAUGAAGCUCGGCAAGGUAAUGACAUGCUUCCUGCAUGCCUCAUUAAUAGGCCUCCAACACCAUAUAAUGAAGGUACCUCUGGCAGUUUACAGGUAAAUCCUCCAGCAUCUGAAUUCUUUGAUAAUUAUCGAGAUGAUAGAAUAAUAUCUACUCAAGAAGUGGUCAGAGAUAACAGUUACACUAGUAUUGGGUAUGAUAUAAAUAUAAAUUCUCCAAGAAAUUGUACUGAAGUUGAAAGCAUUGAGACAAGGCUUGCUGAUAGGCGGAUUGGAGCUCGAGAACCUGUGGAACGGAAUUUUCGGUUUAGUAGGACACUAAGUGUUGGUAGACUUCGUGAUAGAGUUCUCCGCAGAUCAUCAUUUUCUGACUUAUCUUGCCCUUUGCAACAAGAGAGGGAAGUGAGAGGUGCUAGGCAUGGUAAUGGGAGACGGGCUUGGGGUGGUGAGACAGGCGGAUCAGCAUCUAAUAGGAAUCCUUUGAUUUCACCGACUUCUUCCCAUUUAGAUCUGUCCAGUAUGUCUAGCUCCUUGUACAGCAGCCAAGAUUACGACAUGGAAACAACACGGUCAAGAGAAGCUAGGUAUCAUGAUCUCUUGGAACAUCGAUCAAAUUUUCUUGAACGGAGAAGAAGAAUACGAUCUCAGGUCCGUGCUCUUCAGCGGUUGGGAAGCCGUUUUGAGAAUUUGUCUGGGCAUGAGAGGUCUUGCAUCUUGUCGGGCCAGCAUCGGACAGGCCGUUGCACAUGUCAUAUAAAUACUCGAGAUGCUAAUCCAAAUGAUGAUACCAGUGCUAGGGCUAGCAUAUCAAGAAUUGUUAUGUUAGCUGAAGCUUUGUUUGAGGUUCUGGAUGAAAUUCACCAGCAAUCUGUGGUUUUAUCAUCCCGCCCCUCUGUGUCUUCAAUUGGAUCGGUUCCUGCACCAACAGAAGUUGUGGAAUCCUUGCCUGUGAAAUUAUAUACUAAAGUGCCAAAAUAUCUGAAUGAAGAUGCUGCACAAUGUUACAUAUGCCUUGUGGAGUAUGAGGAAGGGGAUAGCUUGCGGAUACUGCCUUGCCAUCAUGAAUUUCAUAGAAUAUGUAUAGACAAAUGGCUCAAGGAGAUUCACAGGGUAUGCCCACUUUGUCGUGGAGAUAUCUGCCGGGCUGAUUCAUCAUGUGCGGAGAACUAAGGCACAGGCGCACAGCCCAGUUUGAAAUGUAUUUUUCUGAAAGCCCACUGAUUGCAUUGGGGAUUUGGUGAAGUUCUGGACCUUGUUUGCCUUGAGUUGAUCUGCUUUAGAAGUUCACUCUUUUCGUUCCCAUGUGGUCUUUUAUUGCCUCGUUGCUUCCUGUUGAUUUAAAAUGGACAGAACAGUUCAUUUCCAGCCAUCUUUCCAGCAGGAACAGAGAAGCCGAGAGAGAGAGAGAGAGAGAGUUGCUCCUUGUGACUGUAAAAUUCUGAAUAUGUUUAAAAGAUGCCAUUUUCAUCACAUCUUAUUAUAAUUCUUUCAGUAUUUACUC